AUGCCGGCGACGGCGGGGUGGGUGCGGAUGCCCCAGAGCAACCGCGUGGCUGUUUCUGCUUCCCUGCGGACGCAUGCAAUUUGGACGGACAGCGUGGGCUACGACCCGUACGCCCCCAGCAGCAGCAGCAGCAGCAGCAGCAGCAGCAGCAGCAGCGCGGAAGACCCCCUCAAGGACAAGGCCAAAGAGCUCCUCACUCUCGCCAGACUCACCGGCACCCUCAGCACCCACACCCCCGGGGCCUGCACCAAGUGCAACCAAGUGGGGCACUUGGCCUUUCAGUGCCGCAACGACUUCCGCUUUGCUGAGGAAGAAAAGACUCGGGCCCUCAGCGCCGCCCUGAAGCAAAAAGAAGAAGAAGAAGACGACGAGCGGCUGCGGCGGGCGCUGGGCAUCGGCAGCGACGAUGAGGGCCCCCAGAGGGCCCCUGUGAAAAGGAGAAGAAGCAGCAGCAGCAGCAGCAGCAGCAGCAGCAGCAGCGAUGAUGAAGAUGAGCGCCGCAAGAAGAAGAAGAAGAAAUCCAAAAGGAGAAAAGAGAAAAAGAGCAAACACAAGAGCCACAAGAAGAAACGCAGCCACUAG